AUGAAGUUGCUCGUUCUGUGUUGUGCGUUCGUCGGAGUGCUGGCUGAGCCGCCUCGCUUUAGGCCGGCGAGGUUCAGGUACCAGCGGCAGGAGCUAGCCCCGACGACGACCGACUCACCCACGGAACCCACUACGGAAACCGAAAGCUCGUAUUCCGGAGGGCCGUACCCGCCCUCCGGUUGGAAACCAGCCGGGGAACCGUUCUCGUUGCCCAAUGAGAACCAAGAGCCGGCCGAUGCGUACGGCACCCCGUCGGCCAGUGGACCCUAUCCACCGGCAGGCUGGAAGCCAGCCGGACAGCCGUUCAAUCUGCCGCAAGGUCAGCAACCGCCGGACAAUGCUUACGGACCACCGGAUAGCACCUACGGAACCCCAACUGGCGCUCCUACAACAGAAACCACUGAAAAUCCACAAGCAGAAAAGCUGGAAGGACCCGUUGACGUGCAGAAGAGCGUCGGCACGUACUAUGUUCUCCUGCCGAGCGGACAACUGCAGAAGGUGGAGUUUUUGACGGAGAAUGACAUUCAGAACAUGAGGAUAACGUGUUUCGUCAUAAUACAGUGUGUCCUUGUGUUUGCUGGGUCAGCCACAGUGUUCAACUGCAUUUGGUCACCGGACAAGGCCACAGAGGACUACGACAAGCUGGCACGCAUCAUGUACUUGUACGACUCGGCCGCUUGUGGCCGCCAAAUCCAUUCGUUUCUCGCAAUCUCCAACCUGAGGCUCAGCAACGACACCCGCGGCUUCAAGGUCCUGCCUAUCAGGUGGCAACCGGCCAUCAUAACUGUAACUGCGCGAUUCUCCGCUACCACUAGAUGG